UGGCUAAAGCUCAGCACUCGGGGCUGGAUGAGGAGCCGAUAGGAAGCUGGGAGGGAGGGAAGGAGGGAGGGAGGCUGCGGGGCUCUCCAGCACAACCACGGCACAGCCCGGGCAGGCUGGAACCAUGCUUCUCCUCUGGGCACUGGCAUUUGUUCUAGUCCUGCAGGAGCAAGAUCCUUUAGCUGCUGCAGAUCCUGUGAGUGUGGCACCUGGAAGUUUGGAAGGAGGAAGCUGGUGUAAUGAACAUACGCUACAUGAACGUUUAGAUAUCGUUGAAGAGAAGGUAAUAAAAACAGUGGAGCACCUAGAAUCAGAAGUCAAAUCACUCCUCAACAUCAUCAGUGAGACAACAUUGAAUAUCCCCACUGUUCCAGGAACUCCACUUAUAGAUAUUUUUGAUGGUGAGUAUCUGGUCAGGUAUAACCUAAGCUGAAAAAAAGGGUUACAUGUGUUAUUAUUAAAUAUGCCAUAUUUUCUCUCUCAAGAUGUGAACUAAUUCCUUCAUUCAGCUCAGGGUAGCUAAGGCCUCAGAACUGGGGGCCUUAGGACCCCAGUUCUGGGUCCAGUUUGGAAAAUCAGAUUUUAACAACCACUAAAGAGAGGGCUGGGAGAAAAGGAAGCAACUCACUUAGAAAGGCAGAACAGAUGAAGUUAUCUCAAGAUCCCUUUCAGAUUUAAGAUCCUGUGAUUCUUCAGCCUCAUGUGUGACAAAAUAAGGGAAGGCAACAAAAUCCUUUAAAAAUUGGAGGUAUCGCCACUUUGAUAUCCAAAAUAUAACACUGAUGCAUAAGCCCCUCACAAAAAACAUGCUUCUGGAU